AUGUUAUGUUAUUUCAGGAUGACUACAUACUUUUCAUAUCCGGAGCCUGCCCUACAGCAGGAGUUAAGAAGCACAGCGGAAGCUAUAGUAGCUCCAGGCAAGGGCAUCUUAGCUGUUGAUGAAACCAAUGAGGGCAUCGGUAAAUUAUUAGCAGCUGUUGGCUUGCAGAACACGGAGAACAACAGGAGGAGAUACCGCCAGCUGCUUUUUACUACUGAAAACCUCUCGGAACAUGUAUCAGCGACCAUCCUUUUCGACGAAACAGUCUACCAGAAAACUGACGGUGGCACUCCAUUCAUAGACCUGUUGAAGAAGAACAACAUCAUUCCAGGCAUCAAAUUGGACCUGGAUGCAGUUCCUCUGUUUCUGUCGCAAGAUGAGGUUACGACUCAAGGUCUCGACAACUUAGCAAGUCGAUGCGCAGAAUACAAGAAGCAAGGUUGCAGGUUUGCAAAAUGGCGGUGUCCGCUUCGGAUUGGGGAGAACAUUCCAUCAGUCCAGGCUAUCAAUGACACUGCUCAGGUGUUGGCAAGGUAUGCUGCAGUCUGCCAGAGCCAGGGUCUGGUGCCGAUAGUGGAACCUGACGUGCUUUUGGAUGGCGAUCAUGACAUCCUAAGAAAUCAGAAGGUGACAGAAACAGCGCUUGCAGCAGUGUACAAAGCGUUGAAUGACCACCACGUCUUCCUGGAGGGAACUUUGUUGAAGCCUAAUAUGGUAACACCAGGCCACGGUUGUUCGAAGAAGAAUACUCCUCAAGAGAUAGCUGUGGCUACAGUCACAGCUUUACGCAGGACUGUACCGGCUGCCGUUCCCGGAAUCGCUUUUCUCUCCGGUGGUCUGACAGAAGAAGAAGCGACAGUUUACCUGAAUGCUAUCAACCAGGUGAACUUGAAGAAUCCUUGGGCCCUCACCUUCAGUUACGGCAGGGCACUGCAGGCUUCUGUCUGGAAGACGUGGGCAGGGAAGGAUGAGAACACUAAGGCUGCUCAAGCUGAACUAUUGAAGAGGACAAAGGCGAAUGGGCUAGCCUGCCAAGGAAAGUAUCAAGGAGGUGCUGCAUCAUCAGCUGCCACCAAGUCCAACUACGCUGCCAAUCAUAGAUACUAA